AUGCGGAAAGCACUACACAGGAUUACCCCGUCACUUCCGUGGAAUCGAGCCUCACGAAGAGUCAGCAACAUGGCGUGGUACUGCUCCGGGUCUACCAACACCGAGAUGGUUGAGAACCUGUUCAAGGGCGGCUUGAUCAAGAACGAGCGAGUGAAGGAGGCCAUGAUUGGCGUCGACCGCGCACACUACGCUCCCUCGCACCCCUACUCGGACUCGCCGCAGCCCAUCGGCCACGGCGCGACCAUUUCCGCGCCGCACAUGCACGGACACGCCUGUGAGUAUCUUGUAGACUACCUGAAGCCCGGUGCGCGCGUCCUGGACAUUGGGUCCGGUUCCGGAUACCUGACCCAUGUAUUCGCCAACCUGGUUCUGGGUGCCUCUGGGCGGGGCGAGGGGCAGGUCGUGGGGAUCGACCACAUCCCCGAGCUGGUGGAGAUGUCGCGCAAGAACAUGAACAAGUCAGAUCAAGGCCGCCAUCUGCAGGAAUCAGGCAAGGUGCAGUUCAUCACUGCGGACGGCCGUCUCGGCUGGAAGGAGGGAGCGCCCUACGACGCCAUUCAUGUUGGCGCGGCGGCCGAGAAGCUCCAUCCCGUGCUGAUCGAGCAGCUCCGGGCGCCAGGCAGGCUGUUUAUCCCCGUCGGGUCAGAGAAUGAUGGUGGGCUGAGCACCCUGGGUCUCGGCGCCGGCCAGUACAUCUGGGUCGUUGAUAAGAAGGAGGACGGGACGGUGCACAAGGAGAAGGUCUUCCAGGUUAGGUAUGUGCCGCUGACGGACCCGCCGCGGAGAUGA